AUGGAUAGACUACAUUCCCUUGGUUUGAUAAACACAGCGCAGGUGUUUCUCCCUUCGGGGGCGCAGCUACGCGCGUUUCCAGCAGCGGUCGUGGAGGAUGUAAGAAGUGUGGCAAUCUCAGUGCUUCGGCGUCUGUUUUACCCCAUUCUGCAGCGUUACGUUGCUGGACGGCAGCGAAGGCGGACUGUCGAGUCCAUCCUGCAUCGAGAGGAGAUGGAGGAUGGGAUGAUGAACUCCCUUGAAAGGCUUUCUGUCCUUUCUUCGUGCAUACAGGCUGCAGACGAGACUCCCGAGAUGACGGAAGCCUGGUUGGCGAUGAAGCAGGCACUGAAGACAGCAAAUUUCCGUCUGUUUUUGCAACGUGAGUUCAUUCAGUACCCCGGUGAGCCGUCCAGUGGUGUGAUCUUGCUGCUCUCCGGCACUGUGAAGAAGCGAUCAUUGGUUGCGAAAGGUAAAGGGAAAGUGUCAGUUGAGCGAAUUCCCUCGCGUCCUUCAACAGCACCUGCGUCAGUUAUGCAAUAUGAGGAGUCAUCCCAAACGAGUCGCGCGUCAUCCACUACAGGAAGUGGACGUCGCGGCAGUUCGUUCAGUAUGCCUUCAGACCACGCAGUGGCGGAGAGCUUGCUACAUGCCCCUGCUGUGUUCGGGGAGUGCGCUGUGGUGGGCGGUUACCCCUGUACUGAGUACAUGGUAGCGGACUCCUCAUUUGUCCUGACUGCGUGGCUAUCGAGGAAUGCGUACUGCACUCUGCUAGAGGCCUUCCCCAAAGGCGUCCAGAAGCGCUUGCUGUUAAAGGCACUCGAGUCCCGAGGGAAGCUACUUCCGCAGUUUGCUCCCAUGACUUGUGGACGCAUGCGUAUUUGCCCUCUGCUCGCGGGGCUAAGCGAUGAGAACCUGCAGCAUCUGAUGGACUAUCUUAUUCCACAGGUGCGCCCCGCUGGUAUGCAAAUCGGUGAGCUUGGCGUCCCUGAACAUAUUUUCUUUGUUCGGCGGGGUGUAGUGCAUCUACAACAGGAUGAAGGAUUUGUGGCAGACCUGAGUGCUCCAACGCAGCCAAAGAGCCGCAGCCUACUUCUAGAGGGCCACACAUUUGGUGAGCGGCAGUGCAUUUUUCGCGAGGCAUUGGGUGAUACCAUGCACACAGUGACUAACGUGGAUCUCUACCUUCUGCCGUUCUCGGUGCUCAUUCAGUUCAUGAAGCAGGAGCCCGACGCUCGUACGUCCAUCUUUUCUUCUGCAAAGGCUGCCUCCCUUCUUCUGGAGAAGGAGUACCGGGGCAUGCGUUUCAUUCCUUUUACGGUAGACCAUAUCGGCACCAUUCUUCUGAGAUCGGCAAGGCUUUCCAAGUGGUUUAAUCGUCGUGUUAGUAUUUCUACCGCGUGCUCUACGCGUGCGACUCCUUUUGGUGCUCUGCGACUUGACGGAGAACACUUAAACGGUACUGAAAAUGGUGAUGCGUAUGGUGUGUCUCCACACUUCCUUGAGCAGGUGCGUAAGAUCCCAUUACUAAACCUCUGUUCACCCGAUGAUGCCUUCUACAAGGACUGCGCACGCCGCUGGAGGAUGCUGUCGUAUGAACCCGGCGACUACAUUGUCCGCCGCGGGGCCGAUUGCAACCGACUGCUUCUCUUCACUCAACGCGGUGCCAGUGUCUUGCUGGACGAGAACGCAGUGAAGCCCGAUGCACGUGGUGGUAUUCUCUCGCUUACGGAACUGGACCUCCCACGUGUGCCGCAGGGAUCUAUCGUCGGCUACACAUGCGUUCGCCGCCACCCGUGGACGCACAGCAUCGUCGCAGUAGACGGCCAAAUAGAGGUUUGGGAGCUGAGGCGGGCAACUUUCGUAGAUCUCCUCCGCAAGCAUCAGCUUGAACGGAAGAUGCAAGAAGUUGUCCUGCAGAUCCUACAGCCAUUGAUGCAGAAUCCCGGCCGCUCAGUUGCCCUCGACUACCAGCCGCUGCUUGCGCCGUCACCCAACUCGUUGUGGAGCGAACACCGCAUUCCUAACAUGCACCCUGUGAGUACCUGUGAGUACCUGCGCUUCCCGGUGUGGAAAGAGGGAGACCUUCCGCCUGACUCACGCAACCUGAGGUCCCGACCUAGUGUAAGUUCGCACUCUCUGAGCGCCCAAGAGAGUCGACAAAUGUGGACAUGA